CCUUUUCCUACCUUGCUCUGCUCCUUUUCAUUUCAACAUUCCUUCAAAUACUCUCUCUCUCUCUCUCUCUCUCUCUCUCUCUCUAGCAGAAACUUACUCAUUUUGUGUUCAAUGCUCAGAUAGCCUUCACCAGAAAUGGGUAGUCCGGUAAACAUCAUUGUUGGAUCGCAUGUUUGGGCUGAAGAUCCUGAAGCUGCGUGGAUCGAUGGACAAGUGUUAGAGAUUAAAGGAUUGGAUGCAACUAUACUUACUACAGAUGCCAAGACUAUAGUUGCAGCUAUUUCAAGCAUAUAUCCAAAAGAUACUGAAGCGCCCCCGGCCGGGGUUGAUGAUAUGACCAAGUUAGCUUACCUCCACGAGCCGGGGGUCUUAUACAACCUCGCAUGUCGCUUUUCUCUCAAUGAGAUAUAUACUUACACAGGGAACAUUUUGAUAGCUGUGAAUCCUUUCCGGAGGUUGCCACAUCUGUAUGAUAUCCAUAUGAUGCAGCAGUACAAAGGAGCUGCUUUCGGAGAGCUGAGUCCGCAUCUCUUUGCCGUUGCAGAUACCUGCUACAGGUCAAUAAUUAAUGAACAUGGAAGCCAGUCUAUCUUGGUGAGCGGAGAGAGUGGAGCUGGAAAAACGGAGACAACGAAAAUGCUAAUGAGAUAUCUAGCAUUCAUGGGAGGGAGGUCUGGCACAGAAGGAAGAACAGUUGAGCAACAGGUUUUGGAGUCAAAUCCAGUUUUGGAAGCAUUUGGCAAUGCAAAAACUGUUAAAAAUAACAAUUCCAGUCGUUUCGGUAAAUUUGUAGAAAUCCAAUUCGAUAAGCAUGGGAAGAUCUCCGGAGCUGCAGUUCGGACUUAUCUCCUAGAAAGAUCGCGUGUUUGCCAAGUCUCUGAUCCGGAGAGGAACUACCAUUGCUUUUACAUGCUUUGCGCAGCGCCUCCAGAGGAAGUGAAGAGGUACAAGCUUGGAGAUCCAAGAUCAUUUCACUAUCUAAAUCAAAGUAAUUGCUAUGAGGUGGCAAAUGUAGACGAUGCCAGAGAAUACCUGGAAACCAGAAAUGCCAUGGACAUUGUUGGAAUCAGCCAGGACGAGCAGGAAGCUAUAUUCCGCGUAGUAGCUGCUAUACUCCAUUUGGGGAAUAUUGAGUUUGUCAAGGGGAGUGAAGUAGAUUCAUCUAAGCUGAAAAAUGAUAAGUCACUCUAUCACCUUCAGACGGCAGCUGAGCUGCUCCAGUGCAGUGAGAAGGCACUGGAGGACUCUCUUUGCAAGCGCGUCAUUGUUACCCCCGAUGGGAGCAUCACAAAACCACUCGAUCCAGCUGCAGCUGUCACAAGCAGGGAUGCUUUUGCAAAGACAAUAUAUUCCAGAUUGUUUGAUUGGAUUGUGGACAAGAUAAACAAUUCGAUUGGUCAAGACCCGAAUGCUAAAAGCAUAAUUGGAGUCCUAGAUAUUUAUGGGUUCGAGAGUUUCAAGAUCAACAGUUUUGAGCAGUUGUGUAUCAACCUAACGAACGAGAAGUUGCAACAGCAUUUCAAUCAGCAUGUUUUCAAGAUGGAACAAGAGGAGUAUACAAAGGAGGAAAUUGACUGGAGUUAUGUUGAGUUCGUUGACAAUCAAGAUGUUCUAGAUCUUCUUGAAAAGAAACCAGGAGGAAUAAUUGCUCUUCUUGAUGAAGCCUGCAUGUUUCCGAAAUCAACCCAUGAAACCUUUGCACAGAAGAUGUACCAGACUUAUAAAGCGCACAAACGCUUCAGCAAGCCGAAGCUUGCUAGAACCGACUUCACCAUAAAUCAUUAUGCCGGUGAUGUAACCUAUCAAGCAGAUCAAUUUCUCGACAAAAAUAAGGAUUAUGUUAUUGCAGAACAUCAAAAUCUUUUGAAUGAUUCUAGUUGCUCAUUUGUUGCAAAUCUUUUCCCUUCAUUGCCUGAUGAAACAUCAAAGCAAUCCAAGUUUUCCUCCAUCGGUACCCGCUUCAAACAACAAUUACAAUCAUUAAUGGAAACCCUGAGCACAACAGAGCCACAUUACAUCAGAUGUGUGAAGCCAAAUACAGUUCUGAAACCUGGGAUAUUUGAGAACUAUAAUGUCUUGAACCAGUUAAGAUGCGGAGGUGUACUAGAGGCCAUAAGAAUAAGCUGUGCAGGGUAUCCGACAAAAAGAACAUUCGAUGAGUUUAUAGACCGGUUUGGAAUGCUAGCCCCAGAUGUUGUGGAUGGGUCAGAUGAGAAAUCAGCAUGUAUUGCAAUAUGUGACAGGAUGGGCUUAAAAGGCUAUCAGAUUGGGAAAAGCAAGGUAUUUCUGAGAGCAGGGCAGAUGGCUGAAUUAGAUGCUAGAAGAGCAGAAGUUCUGGCUCAUGCCGUCAAGCGCAUUCAGAGGCAAAUCCGAACUCACCUUACAAGAAAAGAGUUUAUUAUUCUACGGAAGGCGUCCAUAAAUGUCCAGAAACUUUGGAGAGCACGAAUUGCGUGCAAGCUUUAUGAACACAUGAGGAGAGAAGCUGCUUCAAUCCGAAUACAGAAACAUGCACGUACUCUUGCAGCAAGAAAUUCAUACACCAAAUUGCAGGAGGCAGCGGUAAUAAUUCAAACUGGCUUACGAGCAAUGGCAGCACGGAAUGAGUUCAGACGCAGAAGACAAAACAAAGGAGCAACAAUCAUUCAGACACAAUGGAGAAGUUUCUACGCCCUUUCUGCCUAUAAACGGCUCAAGAAGGCCAACAUUUCACUUCAAUGCCUGUGGCGAGCUAGAAUAGCGAGGAAGGAGCUUCGGAAGUUAAGAAUGGAAGCAAGAGACACAGGAGCACUCAAGGAAGCAAAGGACAAGCUGGAAAAGCGUGUUGAUGAGCUAACAUGGAGAUUAGACAUUGAGAAACACCUACGAAUGGAUAUUGAAGAAGCCAAGGGGCAGGAAAUAGCAAAAUUGCAGAAUGUUUUACAGGAUAUGCAAACACAGCUUCAUGAAGCUCAAGCUGCAAUCAUUCAUGAAAGAGAAGCUGCCAAGAUAGCAAUCGAACAAGCCCCGCCAGUCAUCAAAGAGGUACCAGUUGUUGACAACACGAAGGUGGAGCUACUGACAAAUCAAAACCACGAACUCGAGGAAGUGAUUACUGAAUUGAAGAAGAAGGUAGAAGAGUUUGAGCAGGCUUAUUCAAAGGUGGAACUAGAAAGCCAUGCUAGACUUAAAGAAGCAGAAGAGGCACAAAUGAAAACUUCACAACUGCAAGAGAGCAUUGAAAGAUUAGAAUCAAACCUAUCUAAUCUCGAGUCUGAGAAUCAGGUGCUACGUCAGCAGGCUUUGGCUGCAUCAGCUAAGGAAGACUUCACUGAGGAAAUGGAACUACUGAGGGAGAAGAUUAAAGUUUUGGAGUCGGAGAACACGUUGCUCCACAGUCAAAAAGUUGUUGUGCAACAAAUACAGAGUUGUGAUGAUGAUCAAGUUAUAUCAUCAUCAGUAAAGAAUUUGGAUAAUGGAUACGAGAACCAUAAUGGCGGGGACACAAUGGUACACCAACUGACAACAGAAGUAGAGCAGCAGAUAAAUGAAGUGAUAAAGGAUUCAGAGGCUAUUCCCCCUCUUCUCUCUAAACAGAGAUCCUUGACAGAUAGGCAGCAGGAAAAUCAUGACGCACUGAUCAAAUGUCUUCUAGAAGACAACCGCUUUGAUAAGAAUAGGCCAGUUGCUGCCUGCAUUGUGUACAGAAUACUCAUACAGUGGAGAUCCUUCGAAGCAGAUAAAACUAAUAUAUUUGAUAGGAUUAUUCAUGCAAUCCAAUCAUCAAUUGAGAACCAGGACAGCACCAAGAAUCUGGCGUACUGGCUGUCAACAACUUCGACUCUUUUGUUUCUUCUGCAAAGAACGAUCAAAGCAAGCAAUACAUCAGCAGCAGCUUCAAGAAGAAACAGAAGUUCACCCAUCUCGCUUUUUGGUAGAAUGGCACAGGUGCGGUCAUCUUCUAUGAUCAUGGGACUAUCAAGUGGUUACAGCGGGAUGGAGGGCAACCCGAUCAAGAAAUCAAGGAUUGAGGCAAAAUAUCCGGCUUUGUUGUUUAAGCAACAUCUGACAGCAUGUGUUGAGAAAAUAUAUGGGAUGAUUCGUGAUGGCUUGAAGAAAGAGAUCAGUUCAUUUCUUAAUUUGUGUAUACAAGCACCAAGAGCUGCGAGGAUCAGACCGGUAAAAGGGCCCUCUAAAACCAUCCAUUCACAUAUCAUGAAACAACAGAGCUCUAGCAUACACUGGCAAAAUAUCAUCCAAUGCUUUGAUCAUACCAUGAGAAUACUGUCCGAAAAUUAUGUUGCACCAACCAUCACAAAGAAGAUUUUCAGCCAAGUAUUCUCAUUCAUAAAUGUUCAGCUUUUCAAUAGCUUACUGCUACGUCGUGAAUGCUGUUCAUUUAGCAACGGUGAAUAUGUUAAGGCCGGUUUACAAGAACUGGAAAACUGGUGUGUAAAAGCAACGGCUGAGUAUGCUGGAUCCUCGUGGGACGAACUUCAACACAUAAGACAAGCUAUAGCAUUUCUGGUCCUGCAUCAGAAAACUCACAAAUCCUUGGAUGAGAUCACAAGUGAACUCUGUCCGGUAUUGAGCAUCGCACAAAUAUAUAGAAUCGGAACCAUGUUUUGGGAUGAUAAAUAUGGAACCCAAGGAUUAUCUAUAGAGGUAAUUGCAAAGAUGAAAGCUCUGACAGUAGAAGAUUCGAUUAGUACACCAAACAAUACAUUCUUGCUCGAUGUGGAUUCAAGCAUACCUUUUUCCAUGGAUGAGAUAUCACAGUCCUUCCAGGAUAUGAAUGUAUCAGAUGUGAAUCCGCCACCUCUUCUUCGUCAGAGAUCGGACUUCCAUUUUCUGUUGCAGAUAGCAGAAUCAUAAUUUUGCAUACCUCCAAUUUUGAUUUGAUUCAGCAUAUAGAUAUGAUGAAUACACAUUCUUUUUUUCCCUGUGAGUGGUGAGGGAGCGAGUGUGAGUGUGAGUGUUCAAAAUGUAAAUCCCCUUCUUUUCAUUCAACCAUUAUUUUCUUUGUUUUGAUUCUUUUUUAUGCAUUGUGAUCCAGACAAGUUUGAACUCGCAUUAUCUGUAUAAACAGAUAUAUAUUUUAGUGCUUGAAAAUUGAAAUCCUCUCAAUCAACCAAUGGAACAACGUAGCCAUUUAAAUCUA